CGAGAGGAAUCAGUUAGGUGGUCAGUCUGGUUUGUGCGACUCCAUGCCGGCGUGUUGUUUCUGAUUUGGUGACGGGCGCGCGUGUCAAGUGCCACUUCUGAUAGGAUUACCAACACCCACGCACGUGCUCAAGGAUUAAGGUUACCCGCGACCCUCCACUGCCCUCUUCGGUUGAAUGAUUGAUGCUACAUUUAUAUCUGGACUGAAAGCUGGAGCGAAUAGAACAAACUUGACCGUGCACAUACAAGCAGCCUAUCUUAGUCAACUCACCGAGGUUUUUUUUGAAUCGUAAGGAAAGAGAACAAAUGGGGCCCAUCAGAUUCCCAUUCUGACUUUUGACUGGCUAGACUGCGGGCUAACUGUCCAGUUCACGGACCGGGAACGGUUCAGUCAACGGGCCGUGUGUUGGACAGUCACCUCCAGUUCUGAACAAGCUGAAUUACGGAUUAAAGGGGUCCUGUAAGGGAAAAUUCUAUGAGUAUUCGCAAUUUUGAAUCCUGCUAGCAAGGUUGCUUGAUUUGGAGCGAUUUUCUCGUAUCCUUCCCUCACCUUUCCUUCUCAGAUACAUGAUUCUAAAUUCGAUAAAGCUGAACUUAGACAAUAAGGUUUUGCGGCAACGCGACUCGUGCCUCUAGUCCACCCAAUCGUCUAGUCAAAUGAAAUGCGGGACUUCUCGGUUUUCUUGGCCUGUGUCUUGGUGCAGGUGAUCCAGCUGCCGAGUUGGAGUCAGGGCCUGGGCAACUUCGAGCCACCCGUUUUCUUCCGCGAGGACCCCCUCAACUUCCUGCCUAUCUUCCCGGAGUAUGACUUCAUCAUCGUCGGUGCUGGUCCCGGCGGUUCCGUCGUGGCCAACCGCCUAUCAGAGAUUCCGGAGUGGAAGAUCCUGCUUCUGGAGGCCGGACAGGCGGAAGGACUGCCGAACCUGAUCACGGCGACGGCGCACUACCUGCAGUUCACGAACUACAACUGGAACUACCGGACGGAGGUGGAGCCGGCGGCUUGCAUGGGGCUGGUCGGGCGGCGCUGCGCCUGGCCGGCCGGGAAGGGUGUCGGCGGCUCCAGCCUCAUCAACAACAACAUCUACACCCGCGGCAACCCCGACGACUUCGACCGCUGGGCCCAAGCCGGCAAUGAAGGCUGGAGCUACAACGACCUCCUCCCCUAUUUCAAGAAGUCCGAGAAUAUAGGCAUCAAGGAACUUAAGAACUCCACCUGGCACGGACGUGGAGGUCCGCUGUCAAUCAACUACGCGCCGUUCAAGUCCCGCGUGAUGGACCGCUUCCUGGAGUCGGCGGCCGAGGUGAACCUCCCCUUGGUGGACUACAACAACCCUUACUCGAACAUCGGGUUCUCGCGGAUCCAGGGCACGGUCCGGGGCGGCCGCAAGGUCUCCGCCGGGGAGGCCUUCCUGCGGCGCCCGAGCAACUCCCGGCCGAACCUCCACGUUGUCCAGAUGGCCCGCGUCACCCGGGUCCUCAUCGACCCCAAGACCAAGUCCGCCUACGGGGUCGAGUUCGUCAAGAACCGCCGCACCCGCAUCGUCCGCGCCAGGAAGGAAGUCGUCCUCUCCGCCGGGGCCUUCAACUCCCCGCAGCUUCUCAUGCUCUCUGGCAUUGGGCCCGCCGAGCACCUUCAGAAGCACGGUAUCGAGGUGGUCUCCGAUCUGAGAGUAGGCGACAACCUGCAAGAACACCCGGCGUUCGCGACCCUGGGCUUCGCGGUGAACGAGACAGGAGUAGCCCUGAUCUCGCAACGCCUCCUGCGGGACCCGAUCAACACAAGCGUCCAGUGGCUCCUGGGCACCGGGUGGGGCACCACGAUGGGCUGCGAGGGACUGGGCUACGUCCGGACCAAGUACAACACCUUCCCGCCGGGCGUCCCCGAUAUAGAGUACAUCUUCGUCCCUGCGUCCUUGGGCUCCGAAGCUGGGGAUGGAGGCUCCAUCCUCCGUAAGUCCAUGAACAUCCCCGAUGAAGUUUAUAACGCCGUCUUCACUGACCUCAUGAACGUCGAGGCUUGGUCUAUUUGGCCUAUGCUUAUGUAUCCGGAGUCUCGCGGUCAGGUGCGGCUGCAGAGCAAGAACCCAUGGCGAGCGCCGGUGAUCCGAGCGAACUUCUUCACGCGCGGCAAAGACCUAGCAACCAUCGUCGAGGGUAUAAAAAUGGCGGUGGAUCUAGCCAGAACACAGGCCUUCCAACGCUACGGCUCGCGACUCCAAAUUCGACCGAUCCCCGGCUGCGAGCACCUGAUCUACGGCUCGGACCCCUACUGGGCGUGCGCGGUGCAGCACCUCACCAUGCAGAUGCACCACCAGUGCUGCACCAACAAGAUGGGCCCCCCUUGGGACCGCAGCUCUGUCGUCAACCCCCGCCUCCAGGUCUACGGGGUGAGCCGGCUGAGGGUUGUCGAUUGCUCUAUCAUGCCUACUAUUACUGGCGGCCACACCGUCGCCCCGGCUUACAUGAUCGGCGAGAAGGGAGCUGAUAUCAUCAAACAAGACUGGCUCUGAGCUCACCGUUGAGGAACGUCUAAAAAGGCGGUACACUGAAAAAAAAAAAAUCGCGGUGUAUUUACUAAGAA